CUCCAAUAAUUAAAAAUUAAAAAUUUCAAGUAAUAUAAAACAGUUAAAUAUGGAAAACAUAAUUACUUCUUCUUACUUUUUUUUUUCUUAAAGGUUAAUUACUUUUUACUGAAACAAAAUUAGAUUGCUUUGUCUGUCUAAGAAAUAUUACACCCUUGUUUAUUUUUGAAACAAAACAUAAUAUGUGUUCUGCAAAUAAAACAUCUGGUUAGGCUACGGUGUAUGUUAUGAAAGAUACAUUACACGCUCAUCCUACUUUAAAUUCUGUAAAAUCUUAUACUCUUUUGGUACGUACAUGGAGUCACAAUUUUUUUCUAAGUUAUCUGUUCUCUCUGAAGCUUUAACUGUCACGUGGAGUAAGAAAGCAAUACACAAGUAACGUAUGCAUGUAACAGUCAGUCAUGUGGCGGCUAAGUUUACACGCAUACAGAACUCGGGGACCGAAGUUGGCUCCUCGACAGUCAAAAGACUCGAAACAAAGUUCACUGAAUCUUUUCUCUCUAUAAUUCAGAAUACAUUUGUGGUCGAGACACACGUACGUGAAAAGGCAGUCUAUUCUCUUAUUUUUCUUUUACCCGAUAACUACAAACGUUUUUUUUUUUCAAAUAUGUGAAUAUAAAAAAUAACUACAAACGUCCGGUUCAGAUAUAUCUAAACAUUUUUCCUUUUUUCAGAGGUCCAAUACUCUGUUGUAUCCCUGCAGAUAUUUAAGAAUCUAAGGGCACCAUUAUCAGAGGUUCCUAAGGGCGUCUUUUAGGUAGUUAGCAAUUAAAAAAAAAAGGAAAAUAUAUACUCCCUCUGUUUCAUUAUAAGUGUUGUUUUAGGUUUUGGCACACGGAUUAAGGAAACAAUUAAUUUUGUACAUUUCCUAUAAAAAACACUAUUACCUAUACAUCUAACCAUAUUUCAACUAAUAGAAAAAUAAAUUUUGCAUAAAAUUAAUAAAUUUUGCAUUGAAAAUCGAAAACGACACUUAUUUUGUAACGAAUUUUUUUUUCUAAAAUGACACUUAAUAUGAAACGGAGGGAGUAUUAAGAUAGAGAACGUAUCUUAAUUAGGAGAAAUAAGACCAUGAUUAACGAUGGAUCUUAGCUCGGCUCUUAAGCCCAAAGUGUAAUUAAAAAAUUAAAAAAAAUUGGGUAAGAGUCGGGUUCUUUGAAGCCCACGGAGGAGGCGCCUCUUGCGACGAUUCUUCUUCUCUCUCUCUCUCCCUUUCCCACGGUGAACCGUUUCUUCUCAGACCAAAUUCAGUCAAAAUCAGCCUUGAGAGAGAGAUCUAUUCUUGUUCUUCGCCUCUGUGGCCAUGCUUUCGUAGCCGGCGAAGCAAAGCUCCCAUCAGACCCCAUCGCCGAAGGUGAGCCAAAUCAGUCCGAGAGAAAUAGAGAUAUGAGCUAUUCUGUGUUGGUGUAUCUCCGAGUUGCAGAACAGAAGGUAAAUUGUGGUAUUUUCAUCGUUCAUAUGACAUGCAUGUGUGUUGAGUUGGUAGAUUCAGGGUAGAAGACAAUGAUGUUGUUUUGUGCGUUUGUCAGGUUAUCAAGUGUGUUCUCGUGAGUCAAAGAGGGAGCCACAACAAGAUUCAUCAUACAGAAGAAGAUUCAGGUAAGCUUUCGGUGUAUUUGAAUUCAUAUAAGUUGAAUCUGGUUAUUGGUUAGUGUUUAGGACAUUCAUGUGUGUAAAAAAUGAUGCUUUGUUGUGCCUCUUUUCAGGUUGUGAAGAGUGUUCUACUGAGUCACAGAGGAAGCCGCAUGAACAUUCAGUCUACACAAACACUUCUGGUAAGCUUUUGGCGUUUUUGUAAAGAUAUAGAUGUUGUUUGAUGUUUGCGACUGGUAGAUAGACAUAGAAAUAGACAUGAAUUAGAUGUAGUUUGUUUGCUUGCUUGUGAAUUGCAUCCGUGAAAGACAUGCUCUCCCCUGCUGAUUAAUUUGCAUCCUUUGAAUGGUUCUUUGUUUCUUUGACCGCUUCUUAGUUUGUUUGCUUGCUUGUGAAACAUUAUACUAUCUGCAUCCUUUGAAUUGUUCUUUUAAAGGAGUAUUUUAGACAAUAACUUGUUGUCUGUCAUCCUUUGAAUCCUUUGAAUUGUUCUUUUAAAUUGCAUUAAGUUAUUUGAAAUAUAAAUCAUGAAAAGUCCUCAUUCUUGAUGUCUGUCAUUUAUGGUAUGUCCUUUGUUAGAUAGAAACAUUAAAACUUAAGUGAAACAUAUCUACAAUACACAACUACUUCCUAAAACAAUUAAAAGCAAUUAAAAGCAACAUUAAACCUUCAUCUACUUUCCUCUAUUAAAGCUUCCUUACUAAUUGUUUACUUCAUCAACUUCAUCUCCUUCAUCUUUCUUCUCUACUUCUUCUCUGUAUGGCUUCUCAUCAAAGCGACUCUUCUAGCUUUUUAGACUUACUAAACAGUCAACUACCUAACAAUGAAUACCCAACUCAGUUUAUGAGUUCUUCACCUACUCCAGACCUUGGAGUGCACAAUGUGGUGAGGACCGUAAGCAAAUGUGCAAGUGGUCAACAGCUGAAGACCUGGUCCUCAUUAGUGCAUGGUUGAACACCUCCAAGGAUCCAGUAGUUGGGAAUGAGCAAAGAGCAGGAAUCUUUUGGAAGAGGAUUGCCUCUUAUUAUAAUGCAAGUCCCAAGGUGGUUAGUUUGGCCAAGAGAGAGCAAAGCCACUGUAAGCAAAGGUGGGGGAAGAUAAAUGAAAGUGUCUGCAAGUUUGUGGGGUCAUAUGACGCUGCAACAAAACAGAGGACGAGUGGUCAGAGUGAAGAUGAUGUUUUGAAGGCUGCGCAUGAGAUAUUCUUCCACGAUUACAAGGUGAAGUUCUCGUUGGAGAGGGAGCUUAGGAAUGAUCAGAAAUGGUGUGGGACUUAUGAAAGUAGUCAACAAAGUUCUGGUUCAAAAAGAAAGAGGGUGGGGGAAGAACAAUCUUUUCAGUCAUCAGCUUCUAUGCACAGUGUCAAUGGGGAGGAUGAACCAAUGGCUAGGCAUAUUGGUGUUAAGGCAGCAAAGGCGAAGGGUAAAAGGUUGGUCGGAGAAGAAGGGAAGAAUCUGGAAGUGUUUCAGCAAAUGUGGGACCUAAAGGCGAAGGACUUAGCUUUGAAGGAUAAGCUUAGCAAGACCAAACUGCUUGACAAUUUGCUUGCAAAAAAAGAGCCACUUAGUGAAUUAGAAGUGGCGCUUAAGAACAAACUGAUUACUGAAAUGUUGUCAAUGUAAUCCUUUAAACUAUAAGUUGAUCAAUGUUAGUGAAUUAGUAGUCUUUGUGAUCAAUGUAAUCCUUUAAAAUAUCAUGUGUAAUAUAAGUAGUCUUUGUGUAAAAUGUUAUCAGUCUUUGUGAUCAAUGGUCUAAUACGUUUCUGUUUAACUUUUUUGCUUAAGUACAAGCUCUUAACUAUGAUUAAUUAAUAAAAAAAUCAUUAAGAGACCAAUUUUGACUCUUAGGGUUAAUCAUGCUCUAAAAAACGUUUCUUAUUAGACACGUGUUGAUAUUUUCUCGCUCUCUCUCUCUCCGUGAACACCAUACGCAAGAACGAUUCCUGCUCCGACGACAGAGGCCGAAUCAAUAGAACCACAGUCGGUGAAAAAGCUGAGCAUCAAAUCCCUGAAACGAGCACUUGAUCUCUUCUCCCCCGUCCAUGGCCAAUUCCCUCCUGAUGCCGAAGCGUAAGUCUCCGAUCCCCAAUUUCUCUUCUCCAAUCCUCGAUUUAUUUUUCUUAAUAAUUAUAUAUAAAUUCUUCUUUUUUGCUUGCAGCAAGAAGAUUCGUCUCAGCCAUAAGGUAAAUUAGAAACCCCAUAUUCGCUUUUGCUUAAAGCUUCGAACUUUAGGGUUCUUGAUGAGGUUUAUGCAAACUAAUUGACAUGUUUGAUUUUAUUAAAGUCUCUGUAUUUUGUUGUUUGUUCACGGAAUCUCAUUACACACAGUUUCAGAGCUAAGCCCGCCACAACCCACUCCCAAGAAUGAGCGAGUUUCAUGUUCCAGCACCAAGUUCAGCCUUGACGGAUCGAAGUUCAUGGCCAUGAAGUCAGAUGGAACCAUCAGUAUCUAUGAUUCCGCCAGCUUGGGAGAAGUACGGUCUUUUGCAGUAGCAAAUGUCACGGCUGCUGAGAUAUCUCUGUGCGGGACUUAUCUUCAGACAUUUCAGAAAUCCACUACUCCCCAGGAGAAGAACGUCUCCCUUUGGAAUACUGAGACUGGAGAUCUAGCUCACGGUCUUUACCAAAAGUCCAUUACUAAAACCACAUGGUAAGCUGCUCUCUGUGCUUAAUUACCAGAAGUAAUAGUCUUUGUGCUUAGUAUACUGCCUUUUAUGAUAUGGACAUUGUUGAACUUGUAACGCAGAAUGAGGUGAAAUUCAGUAAUAAAAUUAAAAAGUUGGAAUCUUUGUAUUUUGUAUAAGUAAUUUCUGUGAGUUAUGAUUCAGAAUCUUGGUGGAACAUAUGUUCUUUGUAUUCUUAUAUAUCAUUCUAGCUCUAGUACACUUGGAUCCUUCUUCUUCUUCUCCCUAGUGAACACGAUAAAUCUAGUAUGAGCUUUUCAAUUCUGCAGAGAUUACCUUAGUUGUGAUCUCUUCAUGGUGGUUUUGUUUAUUAUAUGGCAGAGAUGUAAAACAACAUGGGACCUCAACUUGGGAUGCCAAUGUUUAUAAUCCGAUCAUAGUUUAUAAUAUGUCCAUGUUUGGUCUUGGAUUGUAGAUCAUAGGAUCAUUGUAAUUAAACAACUUAUUGGAUCUUGAGGCUGGAGAUAUAUGUUCUGGUGUCACCAACUUAGUUCUUUUUACUUGUUUCCUGUUCGUAAAGAAUCAACUUGUUUGUUUUGUUUGAUUGGAACAUAUCACAAACUACUUUGAUCUGUUAUGUUUUGAAUGAAAAGGUUUAUGUCAAGGCAAAAGAACUUAUUAUGUCACAGACUUGAUGAUGCUUUGUGUCUAUAUAAAGUUUGUAAACAUCAAAGUUUUAUUCACAACACCAUUCACUCUUCUUCUUUCUUUUUAUGAAAAUCUAAAAACACUUUGAUCAAACACCAUGUAUGGCUUCUUCUUCUCAAAACACUUCAAAGGAAUCAAUUGGUGAUACGUUUAUGGAAUGAUUAUUGUUAAUAUG